AUGAGCAAGGAGGAGCAGAAGACAGAGCCUGGCCUAGUUUAUGUCACCAGAAUCCUGGCUCAGUCCCUGGAAUGCUUACCUCCAGAUGGUACCCUUCAUGGUCUUCCCACACCAUUGGGGUACUUCAUGUAUGAAACUGCUGCAACCAAGCUUUCAGAGCAACGUCAGCCCACUUGUUUACUGCGGGAGGUUUCUGAGGUUUCUCCACAACCAGAAGAGUCACGCUCUGUGGGAGGCAAGAAGUGGCUCGAUUCAACAGACCUUCAGGAGUCCGGCCCCGAGUGGGUAUACGCCCCCAUCCCCAGCCUCCUUACCCAGGACACAGACAUCUGCUCUGCCAGAAAGAUUUCGGCAGCAACCAUAGUCGCCUUCGUGGAACUCAGUACCAAAGCAAAGAUGGUUAUCAUGGGCCUGGGCACCUGGACAUCUCCUCCAGGCCAAGUCAAGGAACCUGUGAAAGCAGCCAUUGAUGGUGGAUAUCACCAUAUUGACUGUGUGUAUGCAUACAAGAACGAGAAUAAAGUCAGAGCAGCCAUCCAAGAGAAGCUGAAAGAGAAAGCUGUGAAGCAGGAAGACCUCAGCAAGUUGUGGCCCACCUGCUUUGAGAGAAAAGUGCUGAAGGAAGCCUUUCAGAAGACCCUCAUCGACCUGAAGCUGGACCAUUUGGAUAUCUGUUUCAUUCACCAACCACCGGGACUUAAGCCUGGAAAGGAGUUAUUCCCCAAAGACGACCAAGGCAAUAUUCUCACUAGUGGAAUAAAGGUCUCGGAUGCCUGGGAGGGCAUGGAGGAGCUGGUGGACCAGGGGCUGGUGAAAGCCCUGGGCGUCUCCUACUUCAACCACUUCCAGAGUGAAAGGCUCCUGAAUAAGCCUGGACUGCAGCACAAGCCAAUGAUCAGCCCGCUGCCACCCAUACCUCACUCAGAGAAACUAACCCAGGACCGUCACUCCAAGAGAUCACUGUCAAGGCCCACAGUUGGCCUGGGCUCCCAGGAGAGACCUUGGGCCAAGCCGGAGGACCCCGAGCUUAAAGAGAUUUCUGUAAACCACAAGAAAACCUCAACCCAGAUUCUGAUUCGGUUCCACAUCCAGAGUUAUGUGGCAGUGGUCCCCAAGACUGUGACACCAGCACCAAUACGUGGGAGCCUUCAGAUCUUUGGCUUCCAGUUGAACGGCGAGGAAAUGGCCACUAUCCUCAGCUUCAACAGAAGCUGGAGGGCCUGCCUGCCAGAGACAGUAACUGUGGAAGAAUGCCCCCCAGUGGGGAGCCCUGAAGCUGAAUCCCCUGAAGAGACUCCCUCUUCGCCCAUGCGUACCUCCCUUCUGGAGUCCUAUGCCGUCGUGCUGUAG